GGCGCUGCGCGGCUUCGUCGUUGGUCGUCAGUAGCGUCGCCUGACAUUGUGGGAAUCUCCUCGGUUCGCUUUAGGAAGUUGAAUUGUCCACCGUAUCUUCUCCGGAGCCUUGGAUCGAACUACUGGGCACCUCCACGGGCUCCCAGUAUGGGGAUUUAUUUGCAUUUACUGCUUUUGCAGUAUUUUGUCUCCAGCUUUGUCUGCAGCGCUGUCGCCUUCAUGGAAGAGCCGUCCGCGGGCAGGUCGGACGGGUACUGCGGACGAAUCCUCCGGGCGCAAACGCAGGGGACCCGCAAGGACGGGUACCACGAGUUUAGACUCAGGGUGGAGGGCGACCCGGACUUCUACCAGCCGGACAGGACCUACAGAGUCACCCUUCUGGCAUCCAGCCCUUCUUACUUCAGAGGCUUCACUCUUAUCGCCCUUAAGGAGGGUCGAGACGGCACCGCAGACGACCACUACACCGGCCAGUUCCAUAUUAUUGAUGAGGAGGACACCCAGUUCAUGACUAAUUGCCCUCCGGCGGUGACAGAGAGCACACCUCGCAGGCGCGUCAGGAUACAGGUCCUCUGGACAGCGCCACCCACUGGUACCGGCUGUGUCAUACUGAAAGCCAGCAUUGUCCAGAAGAGAGUCAUCUACUUCCAGGAUGAGGGCUCCCUCACCAUCCGGCUCUGUGAGAAAGAGCCGGUGUAUGGUGGUGCCACAGCUGCCCCUGCCACGGAGUGUUGUGCAUGUGGGACAGCCAAGUACAGACUCACUUUCUAUGGCAACUGGUCUGAGAAAGUGCAUCCUAAAAACUACCCCAGACGGGCCAACCACUGGUCAGCGCUGAUUGGAGCGUCGCACUCAAGAAGCUACGUGCUGUGGGAGUACGGGGGCUACGCCAGCGAGGGGGUCCGUCAGGUUGCUGAGCUGGGGUCUCCUGUUAAGAUGGAGGAGGAGAUUCGACGGAAGGGAGAUGAAGUACUGACUGUCAUUAAGACCAAGGCCCAGUGGCCGGCCUGGCAGCCACUCAACCUGCGAGCAGCUCCGUCGGCAGAGUUCUCAGUGGACCGUACCCAUCACCUGAUGUCCUUCCUUACUAUGCUGGGACCCAGCCCGGACUGGAACGUGGGGUUGUCUGGAGAGGAUCUCUGCACCAAGGAAUGUGGCUGGGUCCAGAUGUUGGAGAAGGAGCUCGUGCCCUGGGAUGCAGGCACCGACAGUGGAGUCACAUAUGAGUCCCCCAACAAACCCACCAUCCCUCAAGAGAGGAUCCGGCCAUUGACCAGUUUGGAUCACCCCCAGAGUCCCUUCUAUGACCCUGAGGGAGGGGCCAUCACCCCAUUGGCCAGGCUGGUGGUGGAGCGCAUAGCUAGGAAGGGGGAGCAGUGUAACGUGGUACCAGACACAGUGGAUGACAUUGUAGCGGACAUUGGACAGGAGGAGCAGGAGAAAGACGACACACCAGAGACAUGUAUCUACUCGGGUUGGUCCCCCUGGUCGGCCUGUAGCAGUGCCACCUGUGAUAAAGGCCGUAGGAUGAGGCAAAGGAUGCUGAAGGCCCAGUUGGACCUCACAGUGCCCUGUCUUCACACUCAGGACUUCCAGGCCUGCAUGGGCCCAGGAUGCAGUCUGGAGGAACCAUCGACCUGUAUGAUGUCCGAGUGGAUCAGCUGGUCUGCGUGCAGCGUGUCCUGUGGUAUGGGAAUGAGGUCAAGGGAGCGCUAUGUCAAGCAGUUCCCUGAAGACGGCUCAAUCUGCCAACUCCACACGGAGGAGACCGAAAAAUGUGUGGUCAACGAAGCAUGCUCAGCCGGCAGCUGUGUGGUGACAGAAUGGGGGGAAUGGGACCCCUGCAGCAUGACCUGUGGCUUAGGUAUGAAAAGGCGUGAACGUAUGGUAAAGAUGCCCCCCUCAGACGGAUCUAUGUGUAAAGCUGAGGUGUCUGAAGUGGAGAAAUGUAUGAUGCCGGACUGCCAUACCAUAGCGUGUAUGCUGUCUCCGUGGUCAGACUGGAGUGGGUGUAGUGUGACGUGUGGGGUGGGAGUACGCACACGCCAGAGGAUGCUGAAGUCUGAUCCUGCUGAAUGCAGUGAAGAGCUUGAGCAGAUGGAGAAGUGCAUGCUGCCCGAGUGCCCCGUUGACUGCAUGGUAUCGGAGUGGUCCGAGUGGUCAGAGUGCAACAAGUCAUGCGGUAAGGGACACACCAUUCGGACCCGCAUGGUCAAGCUGGAGCCACAGCUCGGAGGCAGCCCCUGCCCCGAGACUGUCCAGAGAAAGAAAUGCAAAGUCAGGAAGUGCCGGUCGAAAACAAAGGAGAGGGGAGGAGGUGAGAAGAGGAGAAGAAGAGGUAAACAGGGGAGAGAGGCAACGGUAGAGGAACAGCCAGGUUGCCGGAUGCAGCCGUGGACCAGCUGGACGGACUGUACCAAGCCAUGUGGAGGGGGGAUUCAGGAGCGCUUAAUGGUGGUGAAGAAAAAAGCCAAGAGCACCAUUAUGGCCAGUUGUAAGGACAGGAAGGAGAUACGUGCCUGUAAUGUACAUCCCUGUUAAGAAGCACUACUGAGCUGGGGAAGUUUUAUACAUAUAAUUAUGAGUUAACAAAUCCUGUGGUUUUCUAUGAUGAAGAUGAUGAUGAUGACAGCGCAUUGUUCAUUUAGGUGUUGGUGAAGACUGAAGAAUGAGUUGGUUUAUCGCCUUUUUAAAGGUAACAUGGGGGUAGUCUCAGGAGACUAAGUCACACAAGUCAGUACAGAAGUGAACUGGAGGAAGAAAAGGAGAAGCGAGUCAAGGAGACCGGAGAUAACUUAAGAGGAAACUGAAGAAAUAGGAAAGGGAAAAAAAAUGACAGUGUUGUGUUGUAAAGCCAUUUUAGACAUCUAGUCGUUCACGGGGCUAAAAGAUUGACCGGAGCAGAAAAAGUAACGUCUGUGUCCCGCAAAAACCUGGUGGCUACUCGUGAGCAACGGUGGCAGAAAACUGACAAGUUAACAUGUCAAAAAAGAAAAAAACAAUCAAAGGUAAAAAAUGUUUUGUGAGACACAGAUGGUGAGUAAAUACAGUUAUUUGACAUUGUCAAAGAAACCUGCAGAUGUAUAUAAUCUAUUCACUACUUAUAAAUGACGCUACUUUUUAAUUACUCAAACCCUUAACUGCUCAACUGUGCACACACCCGUAAAGGCAGAUGUUUUAUACCGGUACUGGUCAGUACCAGUAUAAAGGUCAGUCUUUCUAUAUUACACUGUUGUUUCAGCUGAUGUAGCACUAAUCCUCUCCGUCAGAAACUCUCGUUUCAGUACGCUUCAAGACGACUGCUUUUCUCUGGACGUUAUGUUACAGCUGUUGUAGCUGUUGUCUUACAACAGUUGGUAAAAUGACGACCUCUGUUGGUCCCGGAGAUGCAUACACACAGCCACCAUAGUGGCCCGCUAUUCUGCCAUAUCACUGUUGAGCCACAAUCUGGAGGAAGUGGGGUGUGUGUGUGUGUGUGUG